AUGGAAGGAGAAAGUUACGAAGAGGAGAAAGCUGAGGAGGAUCUCGCAGAAGAGAAAGACUACGACGAAGAGGACCAACCUGCAUACGAAUCAACAAUUUCAUUAGAGGAAACCGAGUAUGACACACGUGCGUUGACACACGCCGAGGUCGGCGAGUGUCUUUACAAUUUAGGAAAAUGUGUCGCGCAAUGCGAGUACGCCUAUCUCAGUCUGGACGCCUCGGACAAGGAUCUUACAGAUGUCAGCGUGAUACCGUUUUUCAGACACGUUCGUUACGUGAACGUGUCGGGGAACAGAUUAACGUCGGAAGCACUGCGUGCGCUCGAGGCGGUACCUUACUUGCAAACGCUGCGGGCGGACCGAAAUCGUCUGACCAGCGCGGAGUUAAACCCGAUGCCCUAUUUGCAGGAGCUCGCUCUGAACCGAAACAAGUUGACGGACACGUCCGGCAUCCGUCACAGAUUGCUCGAGCGCCUGGAGUUGAAUCACAACGAUAUUCGCGCUGUGACGCUGGACCCUGAGAUCCUCGUGAGCUUGAGAACUCUGGAGCUGCGCGGCAACGCGCUGGUCAGUACCACAGGAAUCUGUUGUCCCAACCUGACGCAGCUCUUUCUGGCCGAGAACCAAAUCGAGAAGAUCGAGGGUCUCGAAGCCCUCGUGAAUCUAAAGACGUUACACCUGCGAAGUAACAGGCUCGCGAACCUGGACGGCUUCAGCGAGCGAUGUCGCAGCUUAAGCUACGUGAAUUUGCGCGAUAACGAGAUCCCCAAGCUUUCAGAGCUGAGAAAGUUAAAUUGUCUACCGAACCUAGAAACGCUUGUCAUCUUGGGGAAUCGUCUUCUAAGAGAAGAGAUGGAGGAGGAAGAAGGGAAGAAAUACAGACAGAUCGUUCUGACGAUGCUUCCGAAAUUGAAGAGGAUCGAUAAGGAACCUGUGCUAGGUCAAGAGAGAAACGAGGCAAAAACGUUGCUAAGAAAAAUCCAGAAAAGCGAAUUUAAUUUUGAAGAUUUAAAAGAUUAAAAAGAUUACACGUUGAUUAUUGGACUCGAAGAAACUUGGAUUUUUUUACCAAAUACUUUCUUUACAUAAUUUCUUGAUUGUAGAAAAAUCAGAGUCAAAUUUUUUUAGUCAAUUAUAUAGCGUUACGUAUCUAAAAAUUUUAAUCGAUUAUUUAUUUAAAGAAAAUGUUGAUUAAUUAAAAUUUUCAAAUUACAAUUUUAAUUAACAUCACUCCCAAUUUUUGUAUUAUUAAUUCUAAUUAUAUUAAGCAUCACAUUCCACAAAUUUUGGUAGAGAUAAUUAAAAUAGAUAAAUAACUAAUUUUCUUUUCAAACUUAACUAUAUCGAAAAUGAGUUACAUUAAUUUAAUUCAAUGUCAUUGCUACAACAAACCUCGAUUUAAUAAAUAAUAAACAUUAUUUUAAAGCCAGUGGGUUUUUUUUUCAAUAAAAUUACGAAAUACUGAGAUAAUUUACAGUUUGAGAAAUAUCUGAUAUUUCUACGACACCCUUUGUAAUUCGUGAUACUACCAGGUCGCGCCAUCUCGCGGUGCUAGUAUGUAGUACCAAUACAUUUUCAAGGUUCAUUUUGGAACGACUAAUUCGUAAAUUUUUGUAAUUAUAAUAACUAUUUUCAUAUAAUUAUUAUAAUACAAUAUACAAUGUUAAAUCUAUUAUUGUCAAUUAACGUUUAAUUAACUGACAAAUAUCAAUUACAAUUGAAUGUCAUUUCAACCGUUUGCUGCAUUCUGCGGCAUUGCAAUUCUGAGAUGCGAGAUGCGAACUAGCAACAUGAGCUUCAACCAAUCUGAGCGCCGACAUUAAUUUCGGGAUGUGCAUCUCGCCGAGCGAUUUUUGAGAUGAAAGAGCAAACGUAUGCUUCCGAUUUGAAAAACCGAACGCAACCGUUGCAACGCGCGCGUUCGCGAUUUCUU